UGUACUAUAACCUCAAAUAUAAUUGAAUGUAAUUUAAAGAGAAAUAUUAUACGUUAAAAAAAGUAAAAUAAUUAUAUUUUACUAAUCGAUACAAAAUUUUAUUACUUAAGUCUAUUCAUUUAAAAUGAAUAACGAAUGGAGGCGAUCAGACGAUGGAGAUGUCAAUGAAUCAAAAAACUUCAAGCCAAAAAAAGUUGUCGGCAAACGAUUUUUUCCACGUGAAGGCAAUCAGCAGAAUUGGCGUGAUCGAAAUCUUGAGGCUCAAAACGGUAGAGACGUAGAAAGUCAACCAAAUAACUGUGUAGAUGAUUUUGCUUCUUCUUGGGGCAUAACAAAUGAAACAUAUUCAAAACCAAAACCAAAAGCACGUCGACAACGCAACGCUAAUGAUACUCAUUUAACCAUUGAUGUGCCGUCUGAUAAAGUUGGUAAAAUAAUUGGCCGUGGUGGUUCAAAAAUCCGUGAACUUCAAGAUGAAACUCAAACUGAAAUACAAAUUUUAAAAGAUGAUGAGGCUGAUAAUGGAAUGAAACAGAUCACUUUAAUUGGUUCUGAAGAUGAUGUGCAAAAGGUACAUAAGCUAAUUGAAAAUUUAAUAAUCGAUAAAGCUCGUUAUGAAAGUACACCAUCACAAAGUAAUACUUUCGAGGAAGAUAAUGAUAAUCAUCAAGAAAUUGAUUGGCUUCAGUUGGCUAAAAAUUGUGAAGAGGAAGCGGCUGCAUUUUGGAAUACUCUACCGGAUAUCAAUAAAAACUUUUACGUUGAAGAUCCUACAAUAGCCAAAAUGUCUUCACAACAAGUACAAAAAAUACGAGAAAGUAAUAAUAACACAACUGUUGGCUAUGUUUUUGACGAAAAAACUCAUCUUAACAAAAUACCAAAUCCUGUUACGAAUUUCGAACAAUGUUUUAAACCAUAUCCAGAAAUUUUAGAAGGUAUUCGAAAAAUGGGUUUUGAAAAACCAUCCCCAAUUCAAGCACAAGCAUGGCCCGUAUUAAUGAGUGGACAAGAUUUAAUUGGUAUCGCACAAACUGGUACAGGAAAAACUUUAGCAUUUUUAUUACCAGCGUUAAUUCAUAUUGAAGGUCAAGUUACUCCACGAUCCGAGCGUAAAGGACCAACCGUUUUAAUUCUUGCACCCACCCGUGAAUUAGCUCAACAAAUUGAGAAAGAAGUUAAGAAAUAUAAUUAUAAGGAUAUAAAAGCGGUUUGUUUAUAUGGCGGAGGCAGUCGUAAAGAUCAAAUCAACAUAUGUAAUCGUGGUGUUGAAAUAGUGAUCGCAACACCAGGACGAUUAAGUGAUUUAACUGUUGCUGGACAUAUUGACAUGAAGUCAGUUAGUUAUUUAGUGUUGGAUGAAGCUGAUCGAAUGUUGGAUUUAGGUUUUGAACCACAAAUACGUAAGAUUUUAUUGGAUAUACGACCAAAUCGUCAAACUGUGAUGACUAGUGCUACAUGGCCACCUGGUGUACGUCGUUUAGCACAAUCAUACACACAAGAUCCGAUUCAAGUGUGUGUGGGAACAUUAGAUUUGGCUGCCGUACAUAGCGUUACACAAACUAUUAUUCAUUUGGAGGAUAACGAUGAUGUUAAGUAUAAUGAGUUGAUGAACUUUAUAAAUUCGAUGGAAGAAGAUUGGAAAGUAAUUGUGUUUUGUGGAAAAAAAUCUCGUGUCGAUCAUUUAUCAAGCGAAUUGGCAUUACAAGGAAUUGCAUGUGCCACAAUACACGGUGAUCUUGAGCAAUGUGAUCGUGAACAAUCACUGGCCGAUAUAUCAGCUGGCCGUUUACAGAUUCUAAUUGCAACGGACGUCGCUUCUCGUGGUAUUGACAUAGCCGACAUAACACAUGUCUUGAAUUUUGAUUUUCCACGUAACGUUGAAGAGUAUGUACAUCGUGUUGGUCGCACUGGUCGUGCUGGUCGCACCGGUGAAUCAAUUACGUUCCUAACACGUUCUGAUUGGAGCAAUGCAAAAGAAUUGAUCUCGAUUUUGGAGGAGGCAAAUCAAAGUGUUCCACAAGAAUUGCAUGAUAUGAGUAGAAGAUUUGAAGCUUUCCAAGAACGGCGUGCGCUAGAGAAAGCUGCGCUUCGUAACUAUGGGAGAAAUGAUGGUGGAGGGGGAUAUCGUGGCCGUAGAGGAGGUGGUGGCGGUUCUCGAAAUCGUUGGUAAUUGUUGAAAUUUACCUUUUGUAUUUGAAUGGUUUUUUUUUCUUAUUUGUAUUCCAAUUUACCUAGAAUAAUAAUUAUUAUUCCCCUAAUAUUCAUAAAUCUCUCAAGAUCAUCAUAAAUGUGAUGGACUUGAAUUUUCAACUGGUUAAUAACUGUGAUAUUGUUUUUCUAGAUUUUUUGAAUAUUUCAUUAUUAAUUUUUGAUUCGAAAAUAUAUAGUUCGAGAGCUGGUAAACAAUUUGAACCCCUAAAUGAGAUAGUCGAAGUGUGGCUGAAGGCGUCACCCUACCAACCCUUAAGGGAAUUUAUUUAUGAAAAUAAUGUUUUGAGGAAUUUUGGUCUGCCUUUUUGAUUUUUAAUUCCUUAAAUACCUAACUUAAGGAUAUUUAAUAUUUCCUAAAUAAAUUUUCCAAAAAAAAAAAAAAAUUAAGGAUUGGUAAAGUACCGCUAUCCUUCAGCCAGACUUGGACUAUCUUAUUUGGGAGUCCUUCAAGGACAAUUAAAUAAUUAUCCGUAGUGCCUCAAGAACGUAUUCCAAAUUGUUGACCAGCUCUCGGACUAUUAAAGAAGUAUUUCUCAUUUAAAAAUAUGUAUAAUUUUUUUUGUAAAUUAAAGAUUUUGACUGUUAUGUUGAUUGGACCUGCUCAUAGAAUAACUUCAAACAUUAAAAGUACCGGUGCAUCGGGACAAACAUUCUUAAUCAUUUCGAUCUUUAUUUCGUUUAAUACGAAAGGAAUUAAAGCUCAGCUCUCAUUUAAAGGACCAAAUCAAGAUUGGAAUUUUUCGAUACUCUUUAUAAUUUGACCCUGUGAAAAUAGCACCCCCAAAUGUGAAUUUCCCUCCAUUGCUGAUUGUAUUCGUUUGUCCAUCAUUUGUCCACACAAAAUUUUCGUUUGUCCACCCUCAAAAAAAAAUUUAGAGUCUAAAUUGACUUUGUAAAACAAACCAAAACAACUAGUUCCAAUCUGAUGCCAAAACAUGAUGUCCUCCAUAAAACUCUAAAAUUUUUGUUUAAGUUUUUGAUUGGUUAACUACAAAACCAGAUAUUUAGUUUGAUAGAUAUUUAGGUGUAUAGAUUGAAAUGACUCACCCUGUAUAUGUAUGUCAAUAUUUAUCCAAAGUUCCAUUUUAGUUAGAAGUUAUGAAGAACGUCUUAAAAGAUCAGGUCCUUUAGCUACUAGUUAAAAUGCUCAAAAUUGAGCUUAAGUUUUAUAUUAUUUGUAUAGAAUUAAGAAUUAAAGCUUGAAUGGCAAUUAAUUUUAUAUACGUGGUUAUAAUUUAUUAAGUGUACAAGUCAAUCCCACCAAAAACAUAAACGUGUAAAAAGUCGUAGAUGUCACAGAAUCCUAACAAACUCAAUAACGUCAGCCCAAAAAAGUUGUGAAAUCUCGUAGAGAACAAAUUCUUCGAAAAAAAUAAAUAAAAAUGACAUAA